AUGGAUUACGCCUAUCGGGUGGUGAACAAUAUUCGCUAUUUCUACAAUACGAUCAACCCGGCCACAUUAUCAGGAGCCAUUGACGUGGUGGUCGUGGAACAACCAGAUGGCACACUCAAAUCGACUCCGUUUCACGUGAGAUUUGGCAAGUAUGGCGUCUUCUCACACACGGAAAAGUACGUGGACAUCACGAUCAACGGCGAGGAGAUCGAUUUAAAGAUGAAAUUGGGACAGAACGGUGUCGCUUUCUUUGUUGAGGAGACUGAGGAUAAGGUACCCGACUACUUGGCCACGUCUCCACUCCCAGAGGGCGUUGAAGCGAAAACGACUCAACAAGUGGACACCGAUCAAAUUCUCAACGAAUCGGCGAGGAAAUUGGAGGAGCACAAGCGAAGCUAUGACCCAAAGACUCGAUUGUUGAGCGAGGGCAGCGAUGUGUCGGAGAGUCGAUCACCAACACCGCCACCGACCAAAUCAACACAAGAAACAUGGGCACAGAAGGAGGCAAAAGCCGCCGAGAAGGAAAAGGAGCGCAAAUUGGCACUGCCACGACUCUCUUCAGUGUUCUCACUAACGACGGAAUCGGUCUCUGCCCGAUUUGACGACACCGAUCAAAUCACACUCAACAAUAAUGCGAAAAAGGGAAAAGUUGAAGUCGAUUUGUCGCCGGUACAAAGGAAAUUUUCGCAACACUCAUCAAUGUUCAAUCACAAGCGCUCGUUGUCAAAUAAGGGAUUACCGAUUGAACCGAAAAUGUCAAUCGACGAGUUCCUCAAAUCGCUCAAGGCCGAAAGGAAGCUCCAUCGUCGGUUCGAAGGAAGAAAAGCCGAGUCGCUUUUGCAACGGAGCCAAUCUCGAUUCAUAUUGAGACUGAACACGAUGGAGACGUUGAAUCGGAGACGGCCUCUUCGUCGACACUCUCCUCUCCAUCUGGAUCGUUGGUUGACGGAACUGAUGUGGAUGCGCUGGCUGAUGGAUGUCUAUCUGAUUCGAGAGGUCGAUCGACACAAUCGCCGUGAUCAACCUAGACCGCAAGCGUCUGAUGUGACUGAUUGGCAAUGGGGUCAACUCCCGGAGACACGUGAAGAUCAAGAGAAACGAGCAAAAGAACAAAAGAAGGGGAACAAGAGAAGCCAAAGGAGCGAUCGUCAUCAUGGUCGUGGAGAGGUCGAAGCCCUGCCUCAUCGCCAGCAAAGCCGACUGAAAGCCGAGAAAAAGAAAAACCGAAGAAGAACCGGGAUUUACUUGGAUGAUCUCGUUGGGAAAGGGGCCGCCAAUGAUCCCGUCCAAAUUGAGAAGUAUUUGGGAAAAAGUGCACCGAUUAGCCUCACUUAUCCGGAUAGUGGACAUGGAUCUUCUGGCGGACCAUCUCAGCCGAGUAGCCCAACUGUGAUCGGGAGUGGCGCAAGCAGCGACAAUGAUAUUUGCGAUAAGACACCAACGCAAGAGACGGUGGCUGCGGCGAUCUCGAUUGCUGCCAAAAGCAAACAGAAACAACAACAAACGAUACCAUUUUUCCGUUCAGCGAGGGAUGAGGGUGACGAGAUCGAGAUCGAGGGUGGAAAGAAAUACUACCGCUCGUUGCGCCUCUCGUCGGACAAAUUGAAACAGCUCGGCCUGAGAUGGGUGGGAACUACAUGGUGCAGUUGCAAUGUCUACCUCUACAAAUGGUACGAGAAGAUCGUCAUCUCGGACAUUGAUGGAACGAUUACGAAAAGUGAUGUACCUGGACAUGUGAUUCCAGCAAUCGGUGGUCAAUGGGCGCAUACUGGGGUGGCCGAACUUUACUCGAGAAUCAAGGAUAAUGGUUACAAGAUUGUCUACUUGUCAUCGCGAGCAAUCGGUCAGUCGCACACGACGAAACAAUACCUGAAGAGUGUCGCCCAGGAGCAGCAAGUUCUUCCUGAUGGCCCCGUCCUGCUCUCACCCACAUCGGUGCUUGUCGCUUUCAGAAGGGAAGUGAUUGAGCGUCGACCCGAGGAGUUCAAGAUUGCGGCGUUGAGCGACUUGAGAAAACUCUUCCCCGUCAAACAUCCAUUCUUCUCUGGCUUCGGGAAUCGAGAAACGGACACGGUCUCCUAUCGUGCUGUGGACAUCCCGAUCUCGCGAAUUCUCAUCAUCGACCCGAGCGGAAAAGUGCGAAGAGCGGACUCGAAGGGACUUGUCUCAACGUAUUUAUCGAUGGCCACUGAUACGGUCGACUUCCUGUUUCCACCACCAUUAGCUAGAAGGUGUAUCACUCGAAUGCCGGACACAUUGACGGUUGGCGGUGAGAAAUUGUACGCUCCAUUCGCCAAGCCGCUCACCCACAGCUCGUUUGCACAUUGGAGACAAGAUGAGGUGACCUCGAUGCAGGACGAGAUACUGGUCAAGUACGAGACGGAACGGAAAGAGCUAGAGAAGAUAAGGGAAAAGUGUCAAGAAAUGAAGUGGGGAGGCUCCGACAAUCGCUCAAUCGGCAAG